AGAGCUGAGUUGACUCGAGACCGUAGGUCGCGUCUGGGAGAGGAGGGAGAGAGGGCUUCCCCGAAUGGAUUGACACAAGAAGGAUUUACGCUUUAAAUGGUGUUUUAUUCAGUAUGGCUAUAUACGUGUUGAUAAAACAGUAUUGGUAGAUUGUGUCAAUGUAUCAGCGUUGUAAAGAAGAGCUACUAACCAGCCAUAUUUUCCGAGUGAAACCAAUACAAUGAUCGUCAGUGUCUAUCAGGAGUGGAAUAUUAUUAGCAAUUCAGACAGUGCAACUGUCUCUCUGGUCCUUGCACAGGUUUUCAACAUGGUGGGAAAAUAAAUCAACAUAUGAGUGUCAGUGUAAGCCAGUAAUCUACUCCCCAAAAAAUUAAGGAAGAGAGAAAAAAAAGUUGAAGUUGGAGCACAGCUGAGAACAACCAUUCACCUGGUUCCCAUGCCGACUGCCUCAUCUCUGCCCUCUCACAUCCUCCACUAUGCCUCCUACUCCCAAACCCCCUAAGAGACAACCCCCACCACAGACAAGGAAUGGCUGCAAGGUGAUACCCACAACAACAACCACCACCACCACCGCCAAGAGGCAGAUCUCCAACUCCAGCAAGUUUAGAGGAAAAGCCUUUGAGAGCCCACAGUCGACACCAAAACCACCCCGAAGAUCCACAACCAGGACCCAGGCCCAGCCGGCCAGAAGCCCAGGGAGGAGUGGGGUUGGCAGGCUUGGCAGUCAGGUCCCGGGGGGGUCCCCUGGUAGGGUUAACCAUGCCCCUGUGCAUGUAACAGGAUCAGUGAGGCUAAGGAGCCGGGGUAAUCCUCUGCUCCAGCAUGGGGUGGGAGAGGAUCCGCCGGGGCGCAGGAUGUCCUUACGGGGCAUGGGGUGCUCCAAGAAGUUUCCUCCCCUGACGGUAAAGCCUAGCAGGGGAGGGAAGAAAGCCAGAGGGAGGGGGGCGAGGGGAGCAAGGGGUCAGAGAUGGAGCGAAAGAGGGAUUGAGCAAGGACCUGAGGAGUCUGACCCUGGUAGUAUAGACCCUAGUAUGAUUGACCAAGAGAAGGAGGUAGUCAGCCAUGAUAGUGAGGGCCAACCUCUUAACCUAAGGACUGAACUUGAAGACCCUUCCUGUGUUGACCAGCAGGAACCAGGAGUUGGCCAUGAAUGUGAGGGAAAACCUCUUAACCUGAGGACUGAACUUGAUGACACUUCCUGUGUUGACCAGCAGGAACCAGGAGUCAGCCAUGAUAGUGAGGGCAAACCUAACCAGAGGACUGAACUUGAUGACCAUUCCUGUAUUGACCAGCAGGAGCCAGGAGUCGGCCAUGAUGGUGAGGGCAAACCUCUUAACCUGAGAACUGAUGACUCAGCUAGUGAUGACAAACAUGAAGAGUUAGUUGCCCAUAAUGGUGACGCGGUUGGUACUGACCCACACGAUAAGCCUUUCAGCCAUAGUGGUGAGGGCAAACACUCUGAGCUCAAUGUCCCCAUCAGUGUUGACCAACAACAGGAAAAGCUAGUCAAUAAUAUUAGUGAGGGCAAUUCAGCGCAAUUCUACCAGAGCCAUGAGCUUGGUGACUCUACCAGUGAUGAGAGGCAGGAAGUGUCAGUCGUCCCUAAAGGUGAAGACAAAGCCAAGAUUAACCUUGGAGCUGAGCAGAUUGAGAUGGAGCAGAGAGAGAGAGAUACUCAUGCAGAGGAGCAGAGAGGAGGGGAGAGGUUGGAGAAGGACGGAAAGGAAGCAGUAGAGGAAGGAGAGAAGACUGAUGAAGAAAAGAAGAAAGCAGAGGGGGAGGAGAGAGUGGAGAUAGUCAAGGUGAAGGAGACCAAGGAAAGAGAGGAGAAAGAUGAGAGACUGGAGAAGAGAGAGUUCAGCAGACCUCCAGACACAAGCGCCAGUAUUUCUGUCUCUCAGCCCCAAAAGCCACCUCUGCAGGAUGAUGUGUUGAUGAUGCAAUCACCUGUCCAUCCCCCAUCUGUCGCUGAACCAGCUACCUCAGACCUGGUGUCACCCCCUCUCCCUCAUCCUCACCCGACCUUUACACUUCACCCUACAAUGUCACAUGACAUUAAGGUUCUGAACCAAGGUGCAAAACUAAUCCAACCUACCCAAACUGUUGAAAUCCAUAAACCUUUAAAAGUCCCAACUACUUUCCAUGAGACAUCACAGACGACCUCAGUGCACCCAGUAUCACUAAGUCUCUCAGUUGCCUUCCUCAGUGAACCCCACAAGUCUCUGUGUGUAAUCCCAGCAAACCCAGCACCCGGUCAGAGCCCAGAGAGCCCUGUCUCUCCAGAGGCUAGACAACUUCUCAGACCAGUGGACAAAGAGACCAAAGAGUCAUCCAAUCAACCCAAUGUAAAAUUAUCUUCAUCGUCUGCAUCAUCAUCUUCAGACCUGUACACCAACGCGGAGGUCCCCAUCAAUGUGUCUGUACCUGACCUGGGUCCAUUGUCAAACAACCACAACAAUUACCCAGAAGAACCACCAUCAUCAUCAUCACUCCCAUACACAAAGAAAGACGUCUUCACCACUGGGUCUGAACCAGACAAAGACAUUGUAUCUGUCUCUGAUUGUGACCUGGGUUCUGGUCCAAUGACUCACAACAAGUACAACCAAGAUGAGCCACAACCCUCACUCCCAAACACAGACACAAGGUCUGAACCAAACACAGGGUCUGAACCAAACACAGAUAUUGCAUCUGUCUCUGUAUCUGAUCUGGGUUCAGUGCCAAAGACCUCCUGCAUCCCUAACCAGGAGAGUUCUAGCUCCAAGUUCUCAUUCUCCUUCUCCUGCAGCUCUGAGAGCACCCAAUCCUCCUACUCCUUCGACACUGAGUCAGAGACUGGAUAUGGGGAACUUAGCCCCCCUGGACACCCUAGCCUGGACCUGGGACACCUGGACGGGGCCACAUCUCUGCCCCGAACCCCACGGAUCAUCCAGAGGAGGGAGAGGAAGAAGAGGAGUAGGUGUGGAGGGUGUGAGCCGUGCCUAAGGAAGAUCAACUGUGGCCAGUGUAGCUGCUGUCUGAACCGCAGGACUGGACACCAGAUCUGUAAACUGAGGAAGUGUAUGGAGCUGAGGAAGAGGAGGCCAAUGUCACUGCUCACACUAACAUCUACUCAGGUGGGGUGCAAGGAGGUGGCCAAACCAGCAUUAAAGAAACCAGUUUCCACGGUGGUUCCAGAGGACAGCUCAGUUAAUGGAAGAGGCCCUGUCCAGAUGGCAGAGGACACCUAUACGGCAGCGGAGGACGACGAAGAGGGUCACAUACCUCACACACACCACUUCACACACCCUCCCCACGUCCACACUCUUGCCCCAAUCCGAGAUGGACGACCAGCAGCACUUAUCAAGAGAGAGCCUGGCCUGGAGGACACCAAUGAUGGACUUCUUCUACAGCACCACUGCUCUUCUUCUGGGACUUUUCACAACGGUGCUAACGAAAACAUGGCUAAAACCAACGGUGCUAACGAAAACAUGGCUAAAACCAACGGUGCUCAACUGAUUGCUGGUCCGGAAUCACAUCAGUUGUCACCUGAGUCCCAAAAUACCACAAUACAAUUAGAGUCCCAAAGUACUACAAAAUCUACGUACCCCAAAGGCAGCUCUGAGCUGAAGGAUGCACUUCUGGACGACAGCAUAGCUGUUCCUCUGAAAAAGAUAAAGGUGGAGGAACCGUGGGUGUGGUCCAUGGACCAGUCCUCCGCCCCACUAGGGGGCGAUGAUGACGAUGUCUAUGAGGACGCUCUGUCCACGCUAGCAGCCGUGGUGUGUUUCUCUAUCACAGACAGGAAGGGUCUGGAGGAGAAGUUGUGUAGCUCCCGUUCCCCGGUGCUACGCUCGUUCAAAACAGAGCCGGAGGACUUUAAGGUGGAUAUUUGCUUGAAAAGUGCUCCCAUCAGUCCACGAAAAGCUCUCGACAUUAUUGUCAAACGAGAGCAACCCUCUCCAGAUCUCUCUCAGCCAAGCAUCCAGUCUUUGGUAGAAGAGAGGAAUAUUAGCAAUGACCAGGCUAUCGCUAUCGAGGCGCUAACCUUACUGGCAGCUAUCCCACAAAACUCACCAGAACCCUUUAGAACCAACGCACAGGGUGAAAACCCCACAACAUCUUCCAUGCACUUAUCCAAUAGAAACACCCCUCUCCAGGGCUCCAACAAAGUUCUAGUGAUCAGCUCCCCUCUGCACCAGACCUCAGUCAUACGCUCCCCUCUGCACCAGACCUCAGUCAUACGCUCCCCAGUGGCCAGACAAGCUCAUGUCAUCCAGUGUCAUUCCCGUAGCCCCGCAGCCACUGGCAACCUGUCCCUACAGGACCUGCUAGAAGCCAGCUCGGACUGUGACAGACUUCCCUACGACAGCACCGAGAGAGCAGGACAACACCUGUACAGGAGAGCAGACCAAGGCCUUGGUUCUCAACAUAACAGGGGCGAAGGCACUUUCAGACAGCGGAAAGACAUGGAGAGGAACAGCAAGGAAACAAUAGAGAGGACGAUGGGUAAGAGCGGGAGGAACAGGGAUGAGGAAGAGGUGGCGGCUCAACUUGCCGAGUUGGCGUUCAUCAUCCAAUCACGUCACAAGCAGCAGGGUUUCCACCCCUCCCAGCACUCAGAGAACAACCCUCCCAGAGGAACUCCAGUCUCAGCCAUCAAGUACAACUACAACUCUGAACAAGCACCACCCAACCACAAGAAGACCCCUGUGAAGAAACCCAGGACCACACUUUCUAAACCUAGGAAGAAGAAGGGAACGGAGGGGCUGGAAGAGGAGGGCUGCAAACCCAACAACCGUACCCCCCUGUACAAACGAAUACCCAACGGCAAGACCCCCCACAGAGCCAGGGUCCAGAAGGUUCUGCCCCAGCCGAAGACAUCAUCGCUCAGCCACAAGAGGAGCCUGUUCCUGCCUCAGGCCCAGAUGGAUCUGAAGAGGUACCUGACUGAGGCUCAGGAGGAACGACGGCAGCUCUUUUACUACAGUAACGCCCACAGUGGGGUCAAAUACCACAAAACCUCUGGAGCCGUCGAUCGUGGUCGAAGUCAAGGUUAUGGUCAUGACAACCAACAGUGGUCGCAUUUCAACGGUCACCUGGACCCUUUACAAGGACAAGGAGUUGGACAAGGACAUGAUUGUGAAAGAGGAUUGUAUUCUCAGGUAUCGCAGCCCUACGUUGGGCAGCAGCACGGUGCUAACCUAAAGGCUAGCUCCACUAUCCCCAGUUUCACCAGCAUAGACUCUAACAACCACAGAACCGGGUUGAACCAUGGUUUAUCCAAUGGCUACUCCUCUGUGGGUCAACAGCAGGGGUAUUACAAAGUGGAGAGGUCCGGUCCGGUCACCGUCUUGUCCACGUCAGCUAAUGGCGAUUUGGAUCUAUCGGAGGAGUCGACACCCACCAAACACAACGUGAACAGCUUCCUGGAAUCGCCCCUCAGGUUCCUGGACACGCCCACUAAGAAUCUGCUUAACACCCCCUCCAAGAAACUAUCUGAGAUCCCCUCCUGUGGAUGCAUGAAGCAAAUCAUAGAGAAGGAGGAGGGUCCAUAUUAUACUCACCUUGGUGCUGGACCCAGUGUGUCAGCCGUCAGAGAGAUGAUGGAGAACAGGUAUGGAGAGAAAGGGAAGGCGGUAAGGGUGGAGGUGGUGGUGUACACUGGGAAAGAAGGACGCAGUUCCCAGGGCUGUCCCAUCGCCAAGUGGGUGAUCCGUCGGGGCAGUGAGGAGGAGAAGCUGCUGUGUCUGGUGAGACACCGGGCAGGGCACCGCUGUGAGAGUGCCGUGGUGGUGAUUCUCAUCUUGGCAUGGGAGGGCAUCCCCCGGGGUGUGGCAGACAGUCUGUACCAGGAGCUCACCCAGACUCUCUGUAAAUACGGCUCCCCCACCAGCCGGCGCUGUGCACUCAACGAGGAUCGGACGUGUGCUUGCCAGGGUGUGGACCCGAACACCUGCGGCGCUUCCUUCUCCUUUGGCUGCUCCUGGAGUAUGUACUUCAACGGCUGCAAGUUCGCCCGCAGCAAGAUCCCCCGCAAGUUCCGGCUGCUGGGAGACAUGCCGCAGGAGGAGGUGAAACUGGAGCAUCGUCUGCAGAACCUGGCCACAGACCUGGGUCCUGUCUACCAGAGACUGGCCCCGGAGGCCUUCCAAAACCAGGUGGAUCUGGAGCAGGCGGGCCAGGACUGCAGGCUGGGUCGGAGGGCGGGCCGACCUUUCUCCGGGGUCACGGCAUGUGUGGAUUUCUGCGCCCACGCUCACAAAGACACACAGAACAUGAACAACGGCAGCACUGUGGUUUGCACUUUAACCAAGGAGGACAACCGUGCGGUGCGUAACAUCCCUGAGGAUGAACAGCUCCACGUCCUACCCCUCUAUAAGAUCUCACAGAGGGAUGAGUUUGGCCGUGCCGAUGGCCAGUGGGACAAGAUCCAGACUGGGGCCCUGCAGGUGCUGUCAGCCUUCCCCAGAGAGGUGCGUCUGCUGGCUGAGCCGGUGAAAUCAGCCCGUAAGAGGAAGCAGGAGGCCAAGCUGAAGGUCCAGGCUGACAAACAGGCUGCAGCUCAGGACAGGAAGCCUGGACAGAGUCCACUAACCCCGGGCAAGGUCAAGACCGAGAGCACCAACAAAGGUUCCAAAAGCACUUCAUCAGUGGAUCAGUCCUCCUCAUUCAAAGCAGAGCCUCAGUCCUUCUACAGCUCUUUCACACCAGGAAGUGUGGGUGCCUAUGCUCCAGAGUCUAACUCCCCUAGCCCUUACCACCACAGCACUCCCACCUACCCCACUCCUCCAGGAAAAUCCACCCCGGGGAUGGAGGCUCUUUCCCCCCAUCGUCCCGGCAUGCCUUCCACCCAGUACGGAUACAGAGGGCCACCAGGGGCCCAGUGCAAUGGUUCCCCCCUCCAUUACAAGACAAUGGGAGAGGAUGUAAAUGGUUACUCCCCAGGACUCAUCAGAAAGCAGCUGGCGAACACUGAGAGAUGUGGGACACCUGGCGACUACCCCCCCAGGACGUUUAAAAUGGAACCCAACGAGGUGCACUGCUCCCCUCUUGUCAGACCCCCCCACAGCCACAGUACUCCUCCUCCAUCCUCCUCCUCCUUCUCCGCCCCCCUCCCCCAACCAGAGGGCCUCCACAGCAGACUAAACGGGCUCCCCGGGGUGGCGGAGGAGAUCGGGGACGGGGUUAAAGGUCAUGGAGGUCAUGACCUCCCCCACUGUGCCACUCAUCUCCCCCUUCAGGCCCCUCCCCCUCUCUUCCCCAACCCAGAAGAGGUCAAACAGGAACAGGAAGAGGUGUGGUCAGACAGCGAGCACAACUUCCUGGACAGUGACAUUGGCGGGGUGGCGGUGGCUCCCUCCCACGGUUCCAUUCUGAUUGAGUGCGCACGCAGAGAGCUCCAUGCCACCACCCCCAUCCUCAGACCCGACCGCAGCCACCCCACCCGCAUCUCCCUGGUCUUCUACCAGCACAAAUCCCUCAACGAGCCUGACCAUGGCCUGCACAUGUGGGAGGCAAAGAUGGCCCGGAGGGAGCGGGAGAGGGAGGAGGAGGCUGAGAGGAUAGGGAUGGGCCUGGACCUGGAAGAGGUUAGCCCGGUCAAGGGGAAGGGGAAGAGGGGGAAGGGGGCCGGGGCUGAGAGUGUGGAGCCUGAGGAGGAGGUAGAAGAGGAGGGCCCGGAGGAGAAGAAAGGGGUGUUGAAGGUUCCUACCCGGCAGGCGGUGACCGUAGCGCGGGAUGGGGUGGUCACUGUGUCCCCUUAUGCUCUGACACAGGUCACGGGCCCCUACAACCGCUGGACAUGAUACUGUUAUGUACACACACGUACACAGGCACACAUUCACUCACAGACACAUACAGCGAUGACAUUUUAACACACACACACACACACACCACCCUGUGCUACUGCCUUACCUCAAUCAACUUUACACUUCUAAUCUCCUUUUUCUGUGUUAUUUCAUUGUGUUACUUUUUCCAAACGUAUGUCUGUUUAUUUUUGUUUUUCUUCAUCUCUGCUUUCAAAGUGAUGAGGAAGAAUAUCGUUUGUGGGUUUUUAACUGUGACUUUUAGUGUUUGGUGAUGAUUUUUGGGGUCUGGUUUUUUCAUGUAAAGAGAUGGUGCUCAGAACCAAUUUUAAAUAUGUUUUUAAACUGGUUUUAAAUACAACUUGAUUAAUAAGAACAAACAAGAUGUGAUUAUUUAUUCUGACCAUUUUUCAAAAACUAUUUUUUUAUUUUAUUUCUUGAUGCAAGCCUGUUUACUGCAAUUUUGCUGUCAUCCAGCAUUUUACACUAGUAAACACUCAUGUCAAGUCUCUAUGGUCUUUGUUUCAGCCAAGAGUGCUCUUUUCACAAAAGGAGUUUUAUCAAUGAUUGAUCAUGUAAUGGUGCCAUCUGUAGCAGCAACUUUCGAUAAACACACCACAUAUUACACAGUAUGUAAGACUAGACUACACACAUUUACUCUAGUUUUAUGUGAACAAAAUGUACCCAUGUAGCAUGGUGCUUUUCCUUCUCUUCCCGUUCCUCUAUUGGUGGUCAUGAAGGAACUUUACUACCUUGUUUUGGGCUGGAUCGUUUUAGUCUUUUUGUUAAACGUACAGAUAUAUGAUGACAUAUUGAAAAAGCACUUUUUUAUUUUUCAUAACUUGAAAAAGGUCCCGUUCCAAUAUGUACAGAUAGAGAGAUAUAUCCGACAGCUUGUUUGAAACCUGUUCGUUUUUUUGUUGUAGAAUGAUUUUAUUCAACUAUGAAUUUGUAACAUUAUAAAUUGCAUAUCAGUCUCACAAAAAAAACUGGCUUACUAAGCAAUUAUGAAAUGCUGCAUAUAAAGAUUGUGUCAGAUUAUGGUGCUUGUUUUCAACGACACUUAAUUUUUAUGAAUCUGGAUAACCAUGUACAGUAUGUUCACUGAAGACCUGGGUUCAAAUACAUGUGUAUUUGAGUAUCUGGUAUUUAAAAUGCUUUUUUCUAUGUAUUUGAGUAUUUUCAAAAUACACAGCCCAAAAUAAGUACUUUUAUUUUAAUAUUUUAAUGGUUGAUUGUAAAAACCAAAUUGAUAGUAUUUUCAAAUACUUAUGUAAAAUACUAUUUUCAAAUACCUGGGUUAAAUGCAUGGGAAUGUAUUUGCAUCAGUGUAUUUGAGUAUUUUCAAAUACUUUCCAAAUUUCCAGAUGCAACUACUUGUCUUUUCAAAUAAUUACUUUGAAUGUAUGGGAAAGUCAUUGAGAUAUUUGAAAUAGUAUUUUAACCCAGGUCUGGUUCACUGUCUGAACUUCCAGAGUGUUUUAAAUAGGACUUGUCUGUUUUUGAUACAGACACAGCUGAAAAGACCACAUAAAACCUGUUCAGAAAUGGUGACUAUAUUACUGUAUGUUUCUUACAGGCGCUGACAGCAUCUCUAUCCUCUCUUUUUAACUGACUAGGGCAUUGAUUGGCACUUAUGUUUGUCCAUAUACUGGGUAUAAAUACAUUAUACAAGUGGAAAGAAAACCAACCAAAUCCUUUGUUGUUUCUCAUUGCCUCGUCUUCACUCUUUGGGUGAAGCUGCUCUGACAGAAUAAAACACUCCUCAGAUCAUUUCAGAUGCUGUAACAGUGUUGAAAUGUUGUUAAAACGUUGUUUACAUACCAUUUACAUAACUGUUUCACAUGGUGUCUGAAUGUGGCAUACAGGGUUGGGGUUAACUCGUGUCAUUUCAGAAAAUAACGGUAAUAUUCAGAGAGAAUUUUCCAAUUCAACCUUAUUCAUUCAAAUUCAUUUGAAAAUCCUGGAUAGAAGGCUUUUGAAAUAGAAUCAACCUCAAUGCUUGUGGCAUACCGUUUCAGGGUGGAAAUGUAGUUACUUUCUGAUGGUGCUAACUCGUCAAAAUGUGAUGCUGCACUGACAAAGCCUGUGUUUAUUCUAGGGGUGAUGUUAUGAUGCUUUUUGCAUGACUAGCAUUUGCUGUUUCCCUUCUGGAUGGGCCUGCCAUACCUUUGUGCUCUACCAUCUCUGUCCUGAAUGCAUUAUGUACUACAGUACUUCAAUCUUGUCACUGGUCAACUUGAGCAGAGUUACAGAGUAGCAUCAAUUCUCUGCAUCUUUUCAUCAUAAGUUCUAGGUCUAUCACGUAUUGAGUCAGACAGUAGACCUCUGCAGUAUACAGUAUAAACCUGCUUUAAUAGGGGGCAACCAUGUAGGGUAUUCAUCAAUGCUCACAUUAGUCCAUCAUAACCAUGUAAAUAUGGGCCCAUUCACUAAUUCUGCAAUUGAUUAGGCAUCUGUUGUAUUGAUCGGUCUCAGUAUAUGCUGGCUCUAAUGCAGCUCAAUGCAGAUAAAGCACAUUUCACUGGUGCUUUCAUUUGAGUAAUACACAGAUCUGGAUAUAUGUUUUUUUUUAUGUCUGUUUUUUCUUUGUUUCUCAGGUGUGAGGUUGUUCAUUUACCCAGGCUUCAACCCAACUAGGGCACACACAGUCUCCUAACACAACUCUCUUUCUUCCAAUAAUGUUGUCAACAGAUUGACAAAGUCAAACCAUAUACUUAGAUUUUUCCUCUGAGAUAAAUGUUGACACAUAGAUUGAAUGCAUUUUAUACAAAGUAGCUGCAGUACAUAUAUAGUCUAUUACAUUAUAUUGAAUGUAGGCCGUUGCAAGUUAAUAAUGUGGUAGAAAACAGUCACUUUAAAAUGUUUCCAGCUUUACAUAAGACAGUUUGUAAGAUAAUAAACUUUUGUAAUUGUUUCACUUGAAGAUUUCUUGGUUCUACCAUUAUGUGUGACUUGAAAACUGUGGUAACCUACAUGUACAUCAAGGAGGAAAAACUAGCACCAGCAUUUUAAAACUCAAAGGUUUUUAUUGGAAUAAAACUGUAUAAAAUACACAUUUCAUGUGGAACUGACAGUUUUACUGUACUAUUCAUGGUUUGUAGAUAACAGUCUUGUUAUUUUGCAACUGAUUGACAAAAUGACUGUACAUAAUAACUAAGGUGUAUAUCAGUUUGACAGUUUUGAGAAAAUACUAAAUUCAGCAUUCCUGUCAAUGGCUACCCCCUGGUGAAAUAAAGAUGUAUUUAUAUUUUGGA